AUGUCGAACAACGCCGAUCUACAGCUCGGAGAGGUCUUCAAUGUGAAGGACAAAGUUGCGCUUGUAACAGGAGGUGGAUCAGGCAUUGGCCUGAUGAUCACACAAGCAUUGGCUGUGAACGGAGCUAAGGUGUACAUUGUUGGCAGGACCGAAGAAAAGCUCGAGAAGGUCGCUGAGGUGCAUGGGAAGGAUAUCGCCGGUCAAAUUAUCCCACUUCAGGGUGAUGUAGCAAGCAAGGAGGGUGUGCAGAAAAUCGUCAAAGAGAUCGAGUCCCGCGAGAAAUGUCUCUGCAUCCUCGUGAACAAUGCUGGCAUUGCCCCAGGCAAGACCGAGACACAUCACGAGUCUCCUGAAGAGAUGCGGAAGAAUCUCCUUGAUCCCACAUCGGUUGAAGAGUGGACUUCAGUAUAUGCCACCAAUGUCGUCGGUCCGUUUCUUAUGACCACCGCUUUCCUACCUCUGUUGCAGAAGGCUAGCGAGCACCAGUACGGCUACAGCGGUACUGUCAUCAACAUCACCAGCAUCUCCGGUCUUGUCAAAAUUUCCCAGGGCCACUUCAGCUACAAUGCCAGCAAAGGAGCUCAGAUCCACCUCAACAGGAUGCUAUCAGCGGAGAUCGCGAAGAUGGGCUUCAAGAUCCGGGUGAACAACAUCGCACCUGGCGUCUUCCCUAGUGAGAUGACCACGGGAGAGAGUAGGGACGACAACCAGAAGAGUGAGAUGCCAAAGGAGCACAAACAAGGUUUGCCAUCGCAGCGCCCCGGAAACGAUCGUGAUAUGGCUGCUGCAGUGCUGUUCUGUGCCAGCUGCCAGUACCUCAAUGGUCAGACAAUCCCUGUCGAUGGUGGCUACCUUAUCCAGGCUGGAGAGUAA